AUGCGCUUCAUCAGCGACGAUAGCAACCCUGACCGAAGUGCCUUGGGCCCUCGAAUCCGUGUCAUCGGCGCCGGCCUCCCGCGAUGUGCGACCUCAUCCCUCCAGGCGGCGCUGGAGAUGCCUCACAUGGGCUAUUUCCCUUGCAUGCACAUGGCGCACGUAGUGCCUCACAGUUCCCGCCUGGAGCUUGUCAUUGCGGCCAUAAAGGAGGAUGAUCGUCAAAAGCGCCAGAAGAUUCUGCACAAGCUCUUUGACGGGUACGAGGCCACGACAGACUUUCCGGGCUUCUGGUUCAUCGACGACCUCAUGGACAUGUACCCGGAUGCGCCACUCGUGUUGAACCAGCGCAAGGGCGGCGGCGAAGCAUGGUUCAAGAGCGUCAUGGACAGCCUGGGUUUCUUCAUGACACCCGUAUACUAUGCUUUGUGCUUCCCCAUCAAGACUGACCGGCUACACUACACCAUCCACCAUCUGGCGAGGCCCCAAUGGGUCAGUAAAUUUGGCGCUCCGAUCGGGCCCGGGUUCUACGACAAGUACCAGGAGUUUGUGCUGAGCGAAGCCAAGAAGCGAGGCCGCGAGGUGCUCGUGUGGCGAGCCGAGGAUGGCUGGGAGCCGCUGUGCAAGUUUCUGGGCAAGGAUGUUCCCAAGGACACUCCGUUCCCAUGGGUCAACGACGCCGCGAGCAUGAGCACCUUGAGGAAAAUCAUUGUCGCGCGGGGGAUCCUUUCCUGGGUGGCUGUGAUCGGGGGCGCGUAUGCGACUUGGACGUAUGGCCCGCAGCUGGCGAGGUUUGCGGGGACUGUGGGUGCUAGGCUUCUAGACAGUACCAGACUGUCGGGAUGA